CGCUCUGUAUUUCCCGACGUAGAGUCAUAUAGGAAAAUGACAAGAGACAGAGGAAGAAUAAUGUCCAACGAAUACCCUCAACUUGUCGGGCAUACAGGAAAUGUCGUGUGGGAUGAAAGGCUGCAUCCACUUAAAAUGAAUAAAAAGUAUAAAAAUUUUCUUCUUGCUGCAGAGCGCGCCAGAAAAUCAAAGAAUUCCGAUAUGUUUUGUGUCAUUGAACAAUACUGGGAAUUGUGUGGUGUUUUGAGUAGCCUCGAGAAAGAAAACGAAAAUAAUUCCAAUCUAGCAUUAAUAAUGGAGCUAGAAGACAGAAAAUUCACUCUUAAGAAAAAACUACUUUAUCUUCAGUCAAACAUUGACUAUCCAUUACCAGCAACACUAAACAAGUAUAUGAAGCAGAUCCUAAAUUGUGAUUCCCCACAAAGAUCGAGAAUGAGGUCUUUUAACUGCGUGAAGAAAAGACAAACAAUUAACAGCAAGAAAAAUGUCACUCUUGCCGCAGAAAAGCAUUCGCAGAAAACCUCUUCCCAUGGAAACGGUUUUUCUGUCGCCAUGAAUGUCAAUGAACGUGCUCCAGAAGCCUUUAAAAGGGGUAUUUGGAGAGGCAGUGUCCAAAGUCAGAUUUUUGUUCGUAAAAACAGUCAAGUAAUUACGAUCUCUAUUGACCUAUUCACAAGUGGCAAGAAUUUGAUUCGAAUCUUAACAGAUGAACUUGGUGAGGAUGCUAGCAAAUACAUCCUUUUGUUUGGAACUAAAAAGCUGGAUGUCAACAAAUCACUGUUCGAGCAAGAGAUAUACCAUGGAACUACCAUAGAUUUACACAUGCGUUUACGUGGGGGGAAAGGGAAAGGCAAAAAGCAGAAAAAAAAGAAACCUAGAAAAAAAGACCUUGACGAUAGUGAAGUGAAAAAUCCUCUCUCGUGGAGCAAACAAGAAGUGGCAGAGUGGAUUUCCAAAGUUUGCAAGGAAGAUGAAAUAGAUGAGAGUGAGGUGGAUUUGCUUCAAAAUCAGAAUGGGAAAGGAUUGGAUGAUUUACCAGAAGAACUUUGGAUCCGAAGAUCUCCGAAACACGGUGAUAAAUUUUUCUUGCUGUGGCAAAAUCUAAAAAAACGUCAUGGUGUAAUAACGAAUGAAAAAGAUGAAAAUUUAAACACAGAAUACUGUGAAGUUUCUUCUGAAAUGCUACCAGAAACAGAGAUUGCGGAAGAGUAUUUUGGGGCAAGUAGCGAAACGAGAGCUGAUGUAAAUGAAGCUUGCAGCGCAGGCGAUACUAUAGGUGUAUUUGGAAAAGUGGAAAAUCUAGCAUUAUUUGAAAAUCUGGAAAGUCUUGAAACAUUUUCAAGCGAUGGUGCAUCUCCAAGUCCUGCGUUUGAUAGUGUUAUAUCGGUGAAGGGUUUAUAUGAAAAGAAACAAUUAUUUUCUUUUGAUAAUGAGGCCACAUUGGUCAUAGGAGAUGACAGCCCUAUGGCCUCCAGUGUCUCUCACAAAAUGAAAAUUGUUAUUCGCAGUGACGAAUCAAGCACGAAGUUGAAAACAUGCGACGUAGAAAAAAUGUUGAAAGGAAUUCGUCCCAAUAUGCAUGUGGCGGUCACAGGGAGGGUUGAACGCUUAGAAAGUGAAGACGAGGUGACAGCAGACCCUCAUUGUGAAAUGAUAAGAUUCAAACUUGUUGUUGAUUCAGACAACUGUAACUUGGUCUACUCUGGAGGGGUAAGACCCUCAUUCAGUAGACAAUUUUCACAACCUUGGUGGAUCCAAGAAAGCAUCGAUUCUUCCGUAUCUUGCUGGAAUUUGAAGGCAGGUGAUCGUAUUGAAAAAAGAUCAGAAAGGGUUUUUUGUGAAGCAACAGUAACGGACGAGGAAAUUCUCAAUUAUGUUGUAGCGUUUAAAAACUGUUACGAUGGAGAAAUUUUUACUGGUGUCGAUAAAGAUGGAAAGGUCACUGGAAGAACUUUUAGUGACGGAGAAAUGGAAAAUUGGCGGGAAAAAAUGUCUAUGGCUAUAACGAGUAUACUCCCAGAUUCCAACGCGGCUAUCUGCUUCAAUUUGGAUGAAGCAGUUGAUCUUGUACACGAAAAUAAAUGCUUUGUGUGUGUUUUACCUCUUUCUGAAUUAAGAAAAAAUAGAAGUGGCGGCAAUUUUAUUGGUUGGAUUCACGUACCUAAAGGGGAAACAGCACCAAUAUAUUUCAGGAAAGAAAAGAAUAUCCAUUCUUUUAUACGAAAAGGAGCUGAAAAUAAACGAAUCACAAAUUACGAAGAACUCUUUAGUUCCUUGUACUCACUUGGAAGUCGCCGCAAACCAAGGGAAAUUUCUGUGGAAGAUUUAGACAUCGAAACAAAGUACAAGGAAUCUAUUGGACAUACUGGAUUGCAGUUGAAUUAUAUGGUUUUAGAACCAAUAAGAUUUUGUGAAAACCAAAAGAACGAACUAAAGAUGAUCUUUGGACACGAUCCUGUCAAAACGAUUGUUGAUAAAUACCUGACAGAAUACACAUGUGGGUUUCUUAAUGGGUCUGGGGGAACCGUUUUGUUCGGUGCGCAAGAAGCAAAAAAAUCCAAACUUGCCCAUAUUGUGGGAAUAGUUGUGCCACCUCCAAAAAGAAGAGAAUUGCUACAAAAAGCAGUUACAGCAUUGAGUGAAUUUUAUCCACCAGUAACCCAAAGCCAGUUUCGUUUAAUAUUUCACAAGGUUAACGUUCCCCACCAAAACAUAGUAAGAAGCAGUAUGAUCAACGAAGAAGAAAGUGACAUGUUUGUCCUUUUACGAGGCCCCCCUGAAGAAAUUGGAACAAAGUGGCCUAAUUUUGUAAAAGAUAAGUUAAAGAAAUGUCUUAGUAGAGUUAUUCCGGUGAAACCUGAGUGUUUUUGUAUUGUGGUCGAAUCCGAGGAAGUUCUCAACGACGUUGUUAAGAUUUCGAGAGAAUUCGUGAAUCAAAAUUCGAAAUUUGCCAUUGAUUUAAUCACACCGACCGACCUUAAACAAUAUUUGAAACAUCUUUGCCUGAUCGAGCUGAAAGUAUCUCAAUCUCAAUACCCUAUCCACCUCAUAAGGCCCAUUGAAACGAAUGUGUUUGAUAAGCAAGGUACUAUUAUCAACUUAACCACAGAAAAAUUAAUGAGAAGAUUUGAGCUUGGCAAAGAUUCCGAAAGAAAAUUCGAUGUGAAUAAGUUUCUUAGUCAUGUAGAAACGUUUCAACAAUCAGGAAAUUCAUAUAUUCUGAUCACUUCUCCUUUCGAGCUACGUGCAUCCGAGAGAGACCUUCAUGGCCUAGUUUUACCUCAGUGGACCCUAGCAAUUGACUUUGACCAACAUCCGAAACAAGAAGGUCAUCUCUGUUGUAUAUUUAAGGAACUAAAUGACAUCCAUCAACAAGAACGACAACUCUUUAUUGCAACGCCUCAAAACACCAAACUUGGCUUGGAUUCCGAACAUGCUAUCUGCUGGCUCGCUGCCAGGGGUUAUGAAGAAGAUGCGAAAACCCUUUCCAAACAAGAUCAUGGCCAUUGGAAUAUUUCGCAUAGAGGACUGCUUACGUCAUUACUCAAAGCAGAACUGCCACGUUACGUAAAACCAAAUUAUCUUAACAUUUUGGUAUUGUGGGACGAUGGACAAGAGUCACUCAUUGAUUCACUGCGAACAAUCUUAGAGGACUUGAUCGCCAUUAAUGGCUAUCGAACAGCUGUAACGAUUGUGUGUUCCACGCCGGAGGCGAGUUUGGAAAUGAGUGAGAAUUUAGUACAACCUUUGCAAAAGAAUUAUUGGCAAAUAAUUACAAAGGACCGCGUUUACGUCGCCCCGCCGUAUGUUCUUUCAAGACACCUUUCGUACACGCUUCCAAGUCCAUGUGAACAAGAAUAUGAUUACCAAGUGCCACACAAGAAAGAAUACAAAGGAAAAUAUCAGGUAUUUCCUGACAUCUUACCACAAGGUCUCUCAAAUAAUAUCUCGCGAUUUUUGAAGAUGAUGUACAUGAAGAAAGGAAAAUUACCUGAGAAAGCUUACCUGGAUGAGGAGCGCAGAAAAUUCUACUCAGGAUCUAAAAUAUCUGAUUUUGGCUUACGAAACAAAUUUGGAAUAGAACGAGAAAAGUUAAAGGAGUUAGAAAAGGAAUUUAGUGCUUUGUCAAAUGAUAGGAGAUCACAUGUUUCCGUUCUGUGUCUCAAAGUCGAUCGCGGGGCUGGAUCAAGUACUUUGUGCUUGCAGUUCUUGUAUAAACAUCAUAAAGAUUACCCCUGUGCUCAACUUCUAGAAAUUGAUAAAGAACUACUCGGUUAUAUCAGAGCUAUAAACAGUGCAACAAAACUUCCAUUGCUAUUGUUUGUUGACGAAGAAAUCUCGCACCCUCAGGAUUUUUUGGACUUUACGAAUGAUUUGGUCAAAUGCUACAAUAUAAAUGUUAUUCUUUUGUUGAUUGUACCUGCUGAAGCCAAGAGGACGACAAACAGCGCUAAAAUGAAAAAUGUUGCGGAUUCGCAUACACUACGAGCAUGUCCUUUUAAAGAGAUCGAGCUGCGAAGAGAAUUAACGGUCAACGAGAUGGAAAAUUUAGCAAAACACCUCGUAGAUGUCAAAAGGGAAAAGAGUACUGUUUACACAAAGUUAGAAAAGUUAAUGAAUAAGGCCAAAACUGAUAAGAUAGUACUUACUUUUGCUCAUUUUGGAUUAACAGCUUUUGGACGUGAAUUUAAAGGCUUGCAGCAAUUUGUUGAAAUUAGGCUGGAUAAGGCUGAUGAAAAACAAAAAAAAGUUCUUUCAUUUUUGUCUCUUAUACAUAUCUACACGGACUCUUAUCUGCCAGCCUGUGCACUCUCCAGCUUUCUUGAAACAAACAGAACAGUUGACUUGGAAGAACAGUUUGAUGAUGAUUACCUCCGCGAACUUCUCAGCCCGCCUAUGGACAAUAAAGACUCCCGUCGAAUGUCUUUUCAUGAAGUUGCAGAAGAAGUCCUUCUUCAGCUGGGACCAGAAAGAUCUGGUGCCAAUGCAGACAAGAAGUAUUGGCAGUUCAUCAAACAGGUUGCUGUUGAUUUAGCAAAGGACGUUUUAAGUGUAAAUAUUGCAACUAAAUCAAUCGAUCGCCUUACAAGACGCCUCUUCGUUACCAGCGAGUACGAAAGUGAGAAAUUCUCCUCCCUUAUACGCGCCAUGAAAGAAGCUAAUUUUGUUAGUAUCGCUCGUGAUACAUUAACUGAGCUCAAAGAUGUAUUCCAAAAGCACCUGCCUUUUCGCGCUCACAUCCUAGCGCAUUUGGCGAAAUAUUACAUGAUUGUUGAAAAAAAAUUCGACGAAGCGAGACCUAAAAUCGAAGAAGCGAUAAAAGACCAGGAAGAUGACUCUUUACUGCAACAUAUUCACGGUGAUAUAAUUCUUCGUCACGUAAGAGCUCUUAAGAACGAACAGAUUAAGAGUGAUAAAGAUAUCAUGAAUAUUGUGUCAUACGCGAAAGAAAGCAGCGACAGCUUCAAAAUUGUCAGACGCAAACGACCGCACGAUAGUCAUGGCUACAUGUCCGAUGCUAUGGUCCGCAUAACUGUUAUGCAAGCAGCGAAAAAAUAUCAAGAUGGAAAGAUACUGAGCAGUAAGAAUGUAGUUGUUAGUUUUGUUGAUUACUUGACUGAAAAAUUGGAAGAAAUACGGGCGAGAGGAAAAAUUACAAAAGAAGAGCAAUACCUAAUAUCCCUGAUUCCAAAGUCCUAUGGAUUUCUUUACGAAGGCGUAAGCGACGAUUUUGAAUAUAAGGAGGAAUGGAAAAAACAAUUUCGUAAUUGUAUUGGUGCGCUUUCUAAUCUCAGACGACUUUGUGAUAAAAUCCGGGAAGUAAAGUCUGAUUUACCAAACAAGAAUUCCACAUGGCUACAUGAAAUUCUUCUAGGUAUUCAAAGUUUGAAUAACGGAUUUGAAAUAGAUAAAGAAAAUUUAACUCCAGAACAGAUCGAGGAACGGAUUAAGGAGAUCGAAGAGUGCGCCGCAGGUUUAAAGAACCCGGAGCCCGUAAUGAGGUUUUGGAUUCGAUAUUCACGUGAUCGACAAAACGUUCCCCAUUUGGACGUUGUGAAAAAAAAAGUGAAGGGUUGGUUACGCAGUUUACAGCGGCACAACAAGCCAACACUCAACGCCGAGUUUUACAAGUACGUUGUGUAUAUGUUGAUAGCCUUGCAAGAUUCAAAUGAUGACGAAAAGAGAGAGAAAGUAGAAAGUAUUCAGCCACGCAAAGUACAUAAAAAGGACAACGUGGUUAUACCACAGGAAUGGCUACAUCCUCGGAAUGGGCAUCAUAUAAACUCUAUUGAUAGCCUCUUACAUCAUGACGAUCUUGUCCAGGACAAAACUAGUACACGUGGUUCCCGGAAGCAACAGCCUGGUCGGGAAGUUAUCGAAGGUUACCUAAGACAAAAAGGAAUCACAAGAUGGACGGGUACAGUCACUGACGUUCAGAAACUGUGGAUAGGAACUAUUACAUUCAAAAAAUAUUUUGAUGUUCGUUUCAUACCUCAGAGUGUGACUACUGGAAAACCGCAAUCAGGGGAAACAGUCUCCUUCUGCCUAGGUUUUGAUAGGCUUGGUCUGAGUGCUUGGUGGGUGAGACAUGAAGAUAGUCGCAAGGAACCGUUAGAGGGAGUGAAAACGAUUAGUUAUCAUAAUAACGACGAACAAUCGACAGACGAGGAAGAGGAAAGUAAGUCUAAUAAUGAAGCGUCAACAUCAUCUUUCACUGUUAGUUCAAUCAAUGCCGACGAGAAAGGGAAGCCGUGGGAUUGUCAAAAGGGCAAGUGCUUGCAUGGGGUUGUUUUUUCAACCUACUCAGAGAGAGGGUUCGGAUAUUUGAAGCAUCCAGAUGUUCACGGAGAACUGUUUUUUCACGCUUUGCAACUCGCUAAACCUGUAAUUGCAUUAAACGGAAGCAUUGAAAGAUUUAUGGUAUUGUAUUUCAAAGUUGAAAAACUAUCGGAGAAGAAAACUCGUGCCAGCGAUAUACAUGUGGUUAAGGAAGAAGAUAUUCCACAAAAUAUUUUAGAAUUUCGUGAAAAACUUAAGCUGUGCCCUUCACCGCGCAGGCGUCGCAAAGAGAUCAAGCCUCCAGAAAGAAAACCAAGUGACACACAAGUAACGGAGACGGGAGUAGUUCUUCGACAUUCCAAAGAUAAGACAUACGGCUUCAUCAAAGCUGACAGUACGUCAUAUCAAAAUGAUAUAUUCUUUCAUCUAAGAUGUUUGGCAGAAAAGGGAUCUUUCCCAGACAUUGGGCAACGUGUUUGGUUUUAUGUGGUUGAGACAAGUAAAGGCUUAGAGGCGAAUCCGCUGUGGGUUAAGAUGGAGAGAGGAGCCACCGGCUUUUCCAAAGACAAAUGGAAUCGAUAAGUUGCCAACGGGAAGCUGGAUAUUCAUGGAGAUAUUGCAGAUAUUUUUCAGAUGAAAGAUGAAAGCAGGGACAUUUAACAGUGCAGGAAUUAAUAAUUUUACUGUAAUAACGUAAAUACGUAUAACAAUUGUAUAA